AUGGCGAAAGGCCGCACCCGUGAGAAAUCGGACGUGGACCAGAAGGUAAAGAAGGAAAAGAAGCUAUCCGAAGACAAGGUGAAGAAAUCAACCAAAUCCAAGGAUAGCAGUGAGAAGAAGGAGAAAAAGGCCAAAAAGCUUGCCAAAAUCGAGGAAGCCCUGGACCUCCAGCCCGCAGCCGCGACCGAAAACGAGACAGAGGCUGCCGAAGAUUUUAUGGCGCUUAACAGUGACGUCGAAGCCGAGACUAAGAAGUCUAAGAAGGUCAAGAAAGACAAGAAGGCUUCGAAGAGUGGCGACAGCGCUGCCAUGAAAGACGAGGCCGAGCAAGCGGCCGAAAAGAAUACCCCGGUGAGGGACAAGAAGAAGAAAGAUGAGAAGAAGAAAGACAAGAAGAUGAAGGCCGAAAAGAAGCAACCAGAGGACGAGAAUGCCGACGAGCCCGACGAGGAGGAGGGUGGAGCUGCUCUGUUCACGAUUGACACCAAGGGCACCAAAUUACCCCAAAAGCACAAAGAGCAGAUACCCAACCCAAAGAUUGACGUCGACUCGUCCAGUUCAAGCUCAGAUUUAGACUCAGAUGACGAGGACAAGAGAUCUAAUGUAGGCCGCAGCUCAGUCACGGCCACUAAGGAGGAUUCCAGCAACACGGCAGCAGAGGCCAGCAAACCGGAAGUCAAGAAACAGGAAGCCCCCUCGGGUCUCAAUAGGAAGGCGCGCCGCCGCCUCCAGCUGAUUGAAAAGCAAAGGGCGGUUAUCCAGAAGCGUCUAGGCAUCACAUUUAGCUCGACGGAGCGGAACGAAGAGGUUGACGAAGCGCUCGCUGUCUGGAUCCAGGAGAGAGACAGGGUUCAGGCCGUGGCCGACAAGAAGAAGGCGGACAAAGCCGAGAAGGACAACGCCCGCCGAAAGGGCCAAAAGAUUGGCUCCGCCGAAUACCAACUCAAGAAGCAACAGAGAAAAACGGCGAGAAACGCCAAGAAAGCUGGUGCGACCGGCGAGAAGAAGGCCUAG